AUGUACGUAAAUUCAGUGCAGACAACAUGUGUGUGUUAAGAGACUGCAGGUUGAAGGAGGACAGGCUGGUGGUUAUCCUCGUUACCAGUGAUACGGGACGGCCGGGCACAGAGGAGAAGCACCCGACCACCCACCGCUCCGCCCAUUCACCCUCCGGCCCGCUAGCCUUACUCACCCCAUUCACAGCCAUGACUGAACGAGGCAGGCUGCAAGAGGAGACCAUUCCCAUGACAAACAAUCGCAGCAGGACCAAUCAAGCAGCGCCGGGCGGGACCUUUGUGUGGUGGUGCGGCGGUGGCCUCCUUCAUCCACGGCUGUCUGUAGCAGGUGAGCAGAAUCGACCCCCGCUGCGAGGGCCUCAUAUACAUAGCCAUGGAGAGGGCGGUGGUGUUUAUGGUUCUUCCCUUCAUUGUCUCGGUCCCGCGCGCAAACAACCACGCGACGUAUUCCACGCUGCGAGUCCCGUAAUGCUUGGGAUUUGGCGUCGUGUAAAGAGACGGUGAAUCGCUGAGAGUUCACGAGGUUGUUUAGCGCCCGAAGGCCCAUCACCACCGCCGCCAGUGAGGGUAACAGCGUCAUUCAGGGAGCCAAGGUCAGGAAGCAGUGACAGGAGGGAUAUCGUGUUGAGUGCCUCGUUGCCGCUCACUCAGCACGCGAAUGAUUAGUUACUUGGUGAUUUUAGUGGCUAACUCGUAAUGGUGUAGUCAGUGUGCACCUUCAGCUGGCGGCGGAUGAUGGUGGGGGAGGGUACUGCACAUCACGCAUCAGCAAACACGCCGCUAAUCUCUGCCAUCCCGUGCCGGUGCUCGCGGGUCUUUGGAAGCUUUUAGUGUGAUGGGGUUCGAGGCGGCACAUGUGGAGGCCAGAUUUUUUGCGUGGCUGUGUUUGCCUACGUGAAGUAAUUGGCAUUCAUUGGCAGUGAGUGGCAGGGCAAAUUUAUUUUGACACUGCAGCAGGACAGGAUAAGGCGGCCAUAUUUUCAGAAUUGACAAAA